AGAGAGAGACAUAAGGGUUGUGCGUGUGUGUGUGUGUGUGAAAAGUACCACGGAGCCAGCAACAGCUCGGAAGAAAAAGCCUCUCCUUUCCUUGUCAUAAUAGCCUCUCAAGAGGAAUUUGGGGAAUCUUCGGAGGAUGCGAGGUUUUGAUGCUUAAGACAUCGCUUUCCUUUGAGUGCGCCAUUCCUCAGUUUCUGUGUUUGUUAAAAAAGCUUGAAGAUAGAACAUUUCAGGCUGAAGUUUCUUAGUUGGUUCAAAAGCUUGGAAUUAGGAUAUUCCAGAUUGCUACGUCUCCGUUACUCGUAGAUCAAGCCUGGAUUUGAUUCCUCCUCGUGAUUAUGUGUUGGUCUCUAACAAAAACUAAAGGAAUGUCUCACUGGGCCUGAUCUAUCUGGGUUAUUUAAGGGUAAUUUAACAGCAAUCUUUUUCUUCCUUGGAGAGAAAAAAAUAGUAGUUUUUUUUUUUCUGGUACACACGUACCCGAAACUUCAAGAAAAAUAGUGAGCACAAAGUUGUGGACCUAUCUGUGCUACUGAUUUUAUGCUUUUCAAACAUGUCUCUUUAUAGACAAAAGGAUUUCUAUGAUCUUAUAUGAAAAUAAAGGAGAAAGUACCGUUGAUCAACUGAUAUGAAUUCCUACGAGUAGCACAAGUUGAAAUUGGACAUGAGUCUGGUGGUGGGGACAUGCUUCUGCCAAGGGAAGCUGACAUACCUGCUCUUUUCAUUUUCCUGGUUGUGCUUCCUCUUAUCACUUAUGUUUUACUUGGGAUAUGGAACGAGUCUGCAAAGAAGAAGGCAAGGAUAGGAUUGCUUGCUCAGCUUGCUGCUGAAGAAGCUUGCCAAGCAGAAGCAACAACAACUGCUCAUGUUCCUUUAAUUUUGCCUUCAUCAAGAAGCAUCUUUCAUGAAUGUAGUAGAUGUUCUGCUCCUGCUACAACACGCUGCUCGAGGUGCAAGUCGGUUAGAUACUGUUCUGGAAAAUGCCAAAUAAUUCACUGGAGGCAAGGGCACAAGCAUGAAUGUCGACAAUGGAGUGAUAAUUCCUUGAAUGUUACUGCAAGCCUACCUCUUAAUGUCACAGUCCAGCACAAGCCAUUAAUAGAUAACAUAAAAUCACCUUUCCUUGGCAAUGGUGUUGAAGAGUCCAUCCGUUGCAAUAUUCAUUAUACCAUGGAUGAUCCUUCCUCUAUGAUCAUCAAUACAUCUCAAAAUUCAGAGACUGGAAGGAAGCCAUCAGAGAAGUUGGUCUUGAACAAGUUAGGAGGAGCUAAUCUUAACGACAAUGACAGCGCUACGUGUGUGUGUGACGAAGACUCUAGCUAUGGUUUUUCUGCUCAAGCCUCAUUGACCAGCUAUAGGAAUGUGAUUCCUUCAGUGGAUGCUCCUGUGGUGCAUAAGUUGGCAAGUGGAAACUUAACUGCUUCCUCUGGACAAGUCCAUUCGAAUCAAGAGACCAACAGUUCAUCUAAUUCCAGAAACGUAAUGUUUUACCAUGAUACGUCAGCAGAUGAAACAAGAAGGGGAUUGGAACAAAAUGGCUCCUCUGUAUUGUCAUCCCCCUUCCAUUUGGAUCAAGAUGUGAUAACUGAAUGCCAAAAUGGUGGAAAUAUCAGUUCAGCGAAAGUAGACACCUACGGUGCUGAGUUAUCUUCUGCUACUGAAGCAGCCCAUGUUAGGUACCCUGAUGAACAUUCAGCUAAACAGAGCAUAAUGUACAGAAAGCCCCCCUACACUUUGGGACACUCAUCUUUCUUGUCACAAAACUUAGCCGAAAAUGGUUCAAGAGAAAAUCAUUCUCAAGGAUUAGAAAGAAAGAGCGACGAGGAAAGAGGAACUACCAUUCCACAGAAGAAUCUCUCCUCUAACAUCCACUUACAGGACCUCAACAAGAAUCCAAGCAUCGAAGGGAGGCUGACAAGUUCAAAGAAGAUUUCUAAAGUUAUUAAAUGGAAUCUUGUUGGAUUGAGAAAUGACAAUAAGAAAACUAAGGUUUGUCAGGUGUUGUUUCCUUAUGAGGAUGUUGUCAAGUUUUUCCAAUGUGAAGAAGAGUACAUAUAUCCUAGGGGGCUUUUUAAUUGUGGAAAUAGUUGCUAUGCUAAUGCUGUUUUGCAAUGUCUGACUGGCACAAAACCUCUUAGGAUCUUCCUACUUCGGAGAUUGCAUUCAAAAAGCUGUCGUGUCAAAGAAUGGUGCCUCAUUUGCGAACUUGAGCAAUAUGUUUCAAUGUUGCGGGAAGGAGGUGGUCCUUUAUCUCCCAGUAGGAUCCUUUCAAACAUGAAAAAUAUCGGGUGUCGCAUGGGUGGUGGUGACCAAGAAGAUGCACAUGAAUUCCUGAGGCUUCUAGUUAUGUCCAUGCAAUCUGUCUUCCUCCAAGGAAUGGGUGGUGAGAAGGAAGUUGAUCCAAGGUUGCAAGACACCACACUCAUACAACAGAUAUUUGGUGGUCGCCUCAAAUCAAAGGUUAAAUGCCUAAGAUGCCAUAUUGAGUCUGAACGAUACGAGAGCAUUAUGGAUCUUACACUGGAGAUACACGGUUGGGUUGAGUCACUAGAAGAUGCUCUCACUCAAUUUACUGCUCCCGAGGAUUUAGAUGGAGACAACAUGUACAGAUGUGGAAGGUGUUCGGCAUACGUUAAAGCCAGAAAGCAGUUGAGUGUACAUGAGGUGCCAAACAUACUAACUAUAGUUUUGAAGAGAUUCCAGACAGGGAAGUAUGGCAAAAUUAAUAAGUGUGUUACCUUCCCUGACAUGCUGGACAUGGUUCCAUUUGUGACUGGGACUGUUGACAAUCCUCCCAUUUACCUGUUGUAUGCUGUUGUUGUGCAUUUGGAUGCACAAAAUGCAUCAUUUUCUGGGCACUAUAUUUCAUACAUUAAAGAUCUGGAAGGAACAUGGUUCAGAAUUGACGAUUCUCAGGUGCAAGCAGUAACAUUGAGUCAAGUGAUGUCCGAAGGUGCAUACAUGCUUUUCUAUUCAAGAUCUUUUCCACGUCCCCCACGAGGUUAUGCUGAGAAAAGGCUAUUGAGGCCUCCAACUAGUAUACCAAAGAGCCAGAAAACAUCAAAACAUGCGCAACAAAGACGAAAUGAGACAUUAUUUGCCCGAGAGAACUCAUCGCACCAGAGAAACGGUUUUGGAAAAGAAAAUGAACAUCUCACCGAGGAUGCUGAUGAAUUCUUCCCGAGGCCCACGAGCAGAAACUUCCUGCCAAAUGGAAGAUAUCCAGAUACAUCAGGCACAGAAUUUUCUGAUGCUACAUCGAGCGACUGGACUUUCUUUACAAGCUCAGACGACUCAUCCUUUACCACCGAGGGCACCCGGGAUUCGUUUAGCAUGACGGAUUACGGAGACAAUACCAGCCUUGAUGGUACUAUCUCUUCUCUCUUUGGCACGUUCUACGAACAAGAGCAUGUAGAUGGCAACAACAUAUCUUGGGCAAAAUUCACGCCUUCCAGGCUGCAGAGGAGAUUCUUUCCAGAGAGCACAGGUUGUGUCAUGGAUCGAUCGAUGCUGCCUUGACGAGCCGGCAGCGUACAUAAAGGAAGGAUUAUUGACUGUGGCCGUGCUGCUUCAGCCGCAUAUGUAGUUGGUCAAUGGGAGCGAUCCCAGAAGAGAUGACCGGCCUUGCUGUAUCUUCUGGAUUUUGGGACAAUGUUAGUUUCUCUUAGUUUCUCGGGUGCAGCUGAGUUGUGCUUGUUGAUCAUCGAGCUGAAUUCGACUCCGUCUCAUGUCUUUUUAAUCUAAUGAGGCGUGCCUAAUCUUCAGAAUCCAAGUAAUUUAGUAGAGAUUCUCGAUUUCUUUGUAGUCUUGUUGGAUAAGAAAUGGAAGAGAGAGAGAGAGAGACUGACUA